AUAUAGAGGUACAGAGGCGCCCUAAGCAAGGCGGCGGCUGGUCAAACUAACGACGCCGUUUCUCUGAUCGCGAUUACGUACGCUAGAAAAAAUUGGUGGCUCAAUCGUCGCAACCAAUCAAUUGAUGUUGACUCAUAAAACUCAGUAGUCCUAGGAGAUGGCAGACCUAGAAACCAUGUACGGCGAGGACGCCGCGCAAGCCCUGUACAUGUGGCGCUUCGCCGGCGUGAGCUUCGGGCUCGAGGCCCGCUUCUGGUGGACGCUACUGGGCUCGCUGGCGACGGCGUCGCUCACGGCGCUCGGCGCGAUCGUGUACAAGGUUAUCGACGAGCGGAUCUCAGACAAUACCUGGCUGACAAACGAGCUGAAGGACGGGCUCCCCUACGACGGCACGACGUCGGUUCCCGGCGGCACGCGAGCCUUCGGACGCUGGGGCGGCGGAAAAUGGAUUUGGAUGGCUCAGAGCUGUGUGGAAAUCAAAAUUUUACGGCGCGGUCGUCUUUGCGUCGACCUCCACGCCAUCGACGCGACGCUUGCUCCCGAAACACUGGUUGAUUUCCACACAGGCUUACAGUAUCGCCGGCGGCGCGGUCAUAGAAUACGAGAUCGUCUCCUCCGCGCCGGACGGCGAGCAGCUGGCGGACGACUACGAGGAGCUCGGCGGCGGCCGCUGCGCCGUCAUGUGAACCCCCAACCUCCUCAUUAUAAACAACAUGUCCA